UGGGGAAUACACUGCGAGGACAGAUACCUGGAACGAAGGAGCACUUCGCUACAGAUGCUAGGCGUCAUGAUCGGAUCUCUGACAUCUGGACAGAUUAGUUCAUCGUUUGGACGGAAGAAGCCGCUGGUAAUCUGUCUAGCUAUGACUGGUAUACUAAGUUUGGCGACGUACUUCGUUACGGAUCUUCUUCAGUUCACUGCUAUUCGCUUUGUGUUGGGACUUUUCACAGGAGGUCACUCAACGUUAGUCGCUUGA